AAAGUAGAGGGAGACACAGCAGCUGAGGGAGAGCAGCAGCGGUGAUUUGGUUAGAAUGGCAGCCGACACCGAGUCUAAACUCCAGCUGGUCCACAAACACAUCCGAGCUUUUCCAGACUUUCCGAAGAAAGGAAUUGUGUUCAGAGAUAUCUGUCCCAUUCUGAAGGAUCCAGCCGCUCUGACAGCAGUAAUAGACCUGUUCGAAGAACAUGUGAGGAAGAAUCACCCGCAGGUCGAUCUGAUCAUAGGUUUAGAUGCUCGUGGCUUCCUGUUUGGGCCUCUGCUCGCCCAGCGGCUGGGUGUCGGCUUUGUCCUGGUCAGAAAGAAAGGCAAGCUGCCUGGAACCACUGUGUCUGUGGCAUAUGAUCUGGAGUAUGGGAAGGCAGAGGCAGAAAUUCAGGAAGAUGCGGUGGCUCCAGGACAGAAGAUUCUGCUGAUUGAUGACCUUCUAGCUACUGGAGGGACUCUGCAUGCAGCCUGUGAGCUGAUGAGGAAGCAGCAGGCCGAGGUUCUAGGUUGCAUGGUGGUCAUCGAGCUCAAAGAGCUGAACGGCAUCGACAAACUGAAACCACACAGUCUGUUCUCCCUGGUUCAGUACUGAGGACCACUGUAAAACCAAUGUUUCCUUUUCUCUCCUGUAAUCAGUCAUGGGCUUCCCAAGUGACCACCACCGAACAAGAAACCUCUUCAGCUUGCGCACCUUUUUUUUUUGUACGGUUUUGCCAUUUCAGUCAGUGCUAAAAUAUACAUAAAUCAUUUAUACAUUAAUCUCUUAAUGCUCUGGUUGCAAGGACAGGAGCCUUACCCAGCAUGCUUUGGGCUUAUAAUCAAGCAGCAACCUCUGUGGCUGGCAAAUGAAGCCAACAUGACCCAGCCAAGUAACAACGAAAGUAACAAAAAACUGCAGUUCCUCAAACAGCCACUUGAGGCUGGCUCAAGGAGUGAGUCAAUCUCCAUAAGGGCCCCAUAUAAAAACUUUACAGCAGAAUGUUCAUGACAACUGUACGGAGGGGAAUUUUUAUAAAACUCACUCAUUUAUAUUAUAUUAAGGCUUAAAGUUAUUCUUAAUUAAGGACAUGGCCACUCCGCUCAUUUGCCCAUUUUUGGGAUUAGCCAGCUGACCGAGUCAGGACGGUCAGAACGGACAACACUGAGCUUCACUAAGGUUCUUCAGAAACCUAUGGGUGACGUCAUGGAGACGGUCCACAUUUAUGACAGAGAAACUAUUGGAUUUCCACGGAAUCUUCAGGAGUCUUUAAAUGUCUUAAAAUGCCUCAAAAUGUGCAGAAUUUUCUGUUCCUUUCACGUAAUGCAUGCUGGGAUAUGUUUCUGAAUCAAUGUGUGCCUAAACAGAAAUAAGUAUGUAUAGAGGAUUGGUAGGUAGAGAAUGGAUUUAUUAGAAUGUCCAUAUGUAAAUCUGUAUAUUUAAUAUCUUGCACAUUCCUAUUCUUUCAACAGAUUAGUUUAACUUUAAAGAAUAGGAAUGUUUCUGGGACUUGAUGGCUCUAACUAACAAACUCGCAUCUGUCUAGCUGUAGCACAUGCUGCUGACUAAUAGACAAUAAAAUACAUGAACAUUUGAUAAAACGGUUAACUGUAGCCUAGUUGUACAGUUCAUAAACAUAUUUCUUUUGGUGGAUUCAAAGGGUCUUAAAGUUUUAACAUUUGUACACAAAGUAUGUGAGAUAUCCAAACAUGGCUGUGAAUCUGAUUCCACUAUUGAUAUUUUUUUAACAUACAGCUGGUGGGAAAAAUAGCAGUAAAAAGCCAAACUAUAGUUAUACCUUCUACUGCUUAUGAAAUAAUCUUAAUACUGAUGCCUCUAUGUGACCCACAUAAACAAACCAUCAGUGAGAAGAUUGGCAAUUUCUAUAUAGUUAUUCUUAAUGUCGAGGUGGUAGGCACACUACCACUUUUGUCCACAGGGGGCAUCAGAAUCAACACAAAAAAAUAAAUCUUGUAGGGGCUUUAAGGCCAAAUAACGAUCAAAUAAGUUGACAGUAAACGCUCUGGGUUGUUUUUUGGUUAAGACCAAAGUGGUAUUUCAUCUGGAGUGUUGUAUUUAAAGCCAUACUGUUAUGAUUUACCUGUAACCUCUGUUCUCCUCACUAAUGCAUGUUUCCUUUGUGAUUUUCAGUACCGUUGUCCUUACUGCCUCAUUUUUGUAUGUUUGAACCACAUGUUCAUAUAAUAAAUCUAUGCAGAAGAUGACA